UUAGUCAGUAAGAGACGUUGAGAGGGAGCUGGUGGUCUGCGGAGUGUUAAAUUGUAAUCCUAGCGUUUCAACAGUUGAUGUGCAAGGAGGGUACGCAGAACACAUUGACACCAGAUUGUUUUUGGAGAUACGCAGAAACUGGACCGUUGACAGUCACCUUACAGCCGUCAUGCAUUGGACUUAGUAAAAAGAGCAAGGGCAAUGCUAUCACCGAGCUGUUUUACCCCGCAUCAAUGCAGCAUGCAAGAGGGAUGAUCACAUUUAUGAUAUCCGGUCUGGAUCUAUAUUUUCCUAUUGGGAUCUUCAUAUACCACAUGAGCUCAUGCACCACGGCUAUUUCAUUUUGAGAGAACUCGAUUGCGAUUAUGCCACAGACGAGUCUGGGCGUUCCGCUGAAUUUAAAUUAGGUGUAAGGCAUCACCGUUUGUAAUUAAAAAGGACGGAAAGCAAGGCCAGAGAGGAACUAAAGAUCAUAAAACCAAACGGAAAAUGGCUUUUCAUUCUGUUAUGAACGGGACUGUCGCCUAAUUGCAAUUAAGUGUCGGGAUUGUCAGUUUGCUGAACAAAUCAACAGGUCGGAAUCAAAAAACGCAUCUCAAAAUAAAAGCGCGUCGCAUCGUAAAGGGGAUGUAUCUGUCCGUUUUCUUCUUUCUCUUGCUGUGGGCACAAGCCCUUACACUGAAAAACUUAAAUUAUUCCAUCCCCGAGGAACAGGGGCCGGGGACUGUGCUUGGGAACAUUGCCAAAGACGCCAGACUGGGACCGGGAGAGCGGGGCAAAAAAUCCAACUUCAGGGUGUUGGAGAAUUCAGCCCCGCAUCUCAUUGACGUGGACCCUGAAAGCGGACUGCUGUAUACGAAGCAGCGGAUUGACAGGGAAACACUGUGUCGACGAAACCCCAAGUGCCAGCUUUCAAUGGAAGUGUUUGCCAACGACAAGGAAAUCUGCAUGAUUAAAGUGGAAAUACUGGACAUAAACGACAAUUCGCCCAGCUUUCCCUCUGAUCAGAUCGAUAUUGACAUUUCUGAAAAUGCGGCUCCAGGAACACGCUUCCCGCUAACAAGCGCGCACGACCCAGAUUCUGGGGAGAAUGGGUUGAAAACCUACCAGAUCACACGAGAUGAUUACAAUAUAUUUUCUUUGGAUGUAAAAUCCAGAGGCGACGGCACAAAGUUUCCAGAGCUAGUCAUUCAGAGACCGUUAGACAGAGAGGAGCGUAGCCAUCACACCCUCAUAUUAACAGCAACCGAUGGAGGGGAAUAUCCAAGAUCAGGAACCAUGCAAAUCAAUGUGAAGGUUAUUGAUUCUAAUGACAACAGCCCGAUGUUCGAACAGCCUUCCUAUACGGUAGAUGUUCCUGAAAACUCCGCCCUGGGAAAAGUGCUGAUAGACUUGAACGCAACUGAUCCAGAUGAAGGGAGCAAUGGCCAAGUGGUUUACUCUUUCAGCGGUUAUGCACCCGACCGGAUCAGAGAGCUGUUCUCCAUUGACCCCCGAACAGGUGUCAUUAAGAUUCAGGGAGAAAUUGAUUAUGAGGAAAACCCAAUUAUAGAGAUUGAUGUUCAGGCAAAAGACCUUGGGCCCAACCCGAUUCCAGGUCACUGUAAAGUGACUGUUAAGGUGGUGGACAGGAAUGACAACUGGCCAUCCAUAGGGUUUGUGUCUGUGCGUCAAGGGGCCAUCAGUGAGGCUGCCCCUCCAGGAACGGUCAUUGCACUGGUCAGAGUCACGGACAAGGACGCGGGACGGAACGGGCAGCUCCAGUGCAGAGUUCUGGGUAAUGUGCCUUUUAAGCUGGAGGAGAACUACGACAACUUCUACACCGUGGUUACUGACCGGCCUCUGGACCGGGAGGUGCAGGACGAGUAUAAUGUGACGAUCGUGGCCAAAGACAAUGGGAUCCCACCGCUCAACUCCACAAAGUCGUUCACUGUUAAGAUCUUGGACGAGAACGACAAUGCGCCCCGCUUCACUAAGUCCGUCUACCUGCUUCAGGUGCCUGAGAACAACAUCCCUGGGGAGUACCUGGGCUCUGUCCUGGCCCAUGACCCAGACCUGGGCCAGAACGGGACCGUGUCGUACACCAUCCUGCCAUCAAAUGUGGGUGAUGUCUCCAUCUUCACGUACGUCUCGGUCAACCCCACCAAUGGUGCCAUCUAUGCCCUGCGGUCAUUUAACUAUGAGCAGACAAAGUACUUUGAGUUCAAGGUGGUGGCUAAGGACUCAGGCUCCCCUCACCUGGAGAGCAACGCCACGGUCAGGGUGAGUGUGCUGGACGUCAAUGACAACGCGCCAGUCAUUGUGCUGCCCCUCCUCCAGAACGACACCGCUGAGAUCCACGUGCCCCGCAAUGUAGGCGUGGGCCACAUUGUCACCACGGUGAGGGCGGUCGAUAACGACUACGGUGAGAGUGGGCGGCUGACCUAUGAGAUUUCUGAUGGCAAUGAGGACCACCUGUUUGAGAUGGACUCAGUCACUGGGGAGGUCCGAACCGUCCACCCGUUCUGGGAAGAGGUGACCCCUGUGGUGGAGCUCAUCGUCAAGGUGAUUGACCAUGGGAAACCCUCCCUGUCCGCUGUGGCCAAGCUGAUCAUCAAGGCCUACACGGGGCCCCUUCCCGAGGGGGAGCCAAGGAUUAAUGAAGAACAGCGGCAGUGGGACAUGUCCCUCCCACUCAUUGUCACCCUCUCCAUCAUCUCCGUCAUGCUCCUGGCCGCCAUGGUGACCAUUGCUGUCAAGUGCAAGCGAGAGAAUAAGGAGAUCAGGACGUACAACUGCCGGAUCGCUGAGUACUCGCACCCUCAGUUGGGCAAGGGCAAGAAGAAGAAGAUAAACAAGAACGACAUCAUGCUGGUGCAGAGCGAGGUGGAGGAGAGAGACGCUAUGAACGUGAUGAACGUGGUGAGCAGCCCUUCCCUGGCCACCUCCCCCAUGUAUUUCGAUUACCAGACGCGACUGCCCCUCAGUUCCCCCAGGUCAGAGGUCAUGUACCUUAAGCCCACUGCCAACAACCUGACUGUUCCCCAAGGACAUGUGGGCUGUCACACCAGCUUCACCAGCCCUGUGACUAACACCACUGAGACUCCGGUUAAUAGGAUGUCAAUAAUUCAGACAGACAAUUUCCCCGCAGAGUCCAAUUACAUGGGCAGCAGGCAGCAGUUUGUGCAAAGCAGCUCCACAUUCAAGGACCCAGAGCGAGCGAGCCUUAGAGACAGUGGCCAUGGCGACAGUGAUCAGGCCGAUAGCGACCAGGACACUAAUAAAGGUUCAUGCUGCGACAUGUCUGCCAAGGAGGCACUCAAGAUGAAGGCGACCUCUGCUAAAGCCCCUCCUCUUGAGCAGGAAGAAGAGUGUGUUAACUGUACAGAGGAGUGCCGAGUGCUAGGGCACUCAGACCGCUGCUGGAUGCCUCAGUUCCCGACAGGGAACCAGGCAGAGGGGGCGGACUACCGUACCAACGUUUUUGUACCGGCGGGGAUGGAGGUCGCUGUGGAGACGGAGACCUAUGAGACAGUCAACCCCAAUGGGAAAAAGACUUUCUGCACCUUUGGAAAGGAAAGGCGGGACCACACCAUUCUGGUGGCAAAUGUCAAGCCAUACCUGAAGGCCAAGCGGGCUCUCAGCCCCCUGCUCCAGGAGGUCCCCUCAGCCUCAAAUAGCCCCACCAAAAUGUGCUCGGCACCCUGUGCCUCUGGGAAAGGUCCCACAGGCGGAGCGGCCGAGGGCAAGUCGGGUGGCUGCGGCGGUCACUACGGCCCGCCCGACGGACAGUACCUGUCACCGAACAAGCAGGCGAAGGAUGCGACAUCACAUGUGAACUCUGACCCCGUGGCCAAGGCGCUGACGGACGUGCGCUCGCGCGCUAGCCAGGACUCCAGUGAGAUGGACUCCGUCCUGGAGCAGCUGGAUCACCAUGGCAACGCUGCCAACCUCCCCCAGGAGGGCAUGGAUGCAGACCAGGUGGUACGGGAUAUCGACAAACUCCUGCAGGACUGCCGAGGGAGUGAGGCCACGCCCCUCAGGAAGUGAUGUCAGCGGGGGGGCUAAGCUUUUGCAGGACUGCUGGGGGAGUGAGGCCACACCUCUGGAAGAAAUGACAUAAGUGAGCAAGGGCCUAAGAUUUUGCAGGACUGCCAGGGAGCGAGGCCACACCCACUCAAAUGGGUGGGGCCCUAUUUGACCUAAACUAAUAAAGGAAUGAAGUGUUUUUGGAUUUGGGAGGUGGCAUUGAGAAACUGACUAUGGAAUUCUUUCCUGGAAUUAAGCAUUUUAAGUGUCCACCAGCUCAUAGCCAAUUUCAUUUCAGUCCUUUAGCAGAAAUACCCCACUCGCACGCAACGGGCGUGUAUGUGUGUCCCUGUGUGUGCGUGCGUGAGUGUGUGCGUGUGCUGGAGAGUGUGUGUGUUCGCCGCAGAUAUGAUAGUGUAUCAUGACAAUCGGUGUAAAGGCAGAAUUUUCCAGACGAGAGAGAGACAGAGAUAGAGAGAGACAGACGGAGCCAGAGAGAGACAAAGACACACACAACUUUUCUGAUAUUGAGAUAUUGUUGUUUGAUGGAGAAAAAAAAAAAAACCCUGAAAAAUGAAUUUUUUUGGUAAGGGCUGGUGGAUGGAGGGGGUAGGGGGGUUGGGUGGGGCUUUUAAGAAAAAUGUAACCAUUUUCCACCAUUAUGGUUCACAUGUGUAAACUGUAUUCCCUGACACAUUUAUCUGACACAUUCUAGAACAUUCCAGAUAGGUGAAGCGGUAAGACGCAUCAUGUUUGAAGUGUAAGCGCCUCAUUGGCCAUCAUUCUCCCCAUCCCUCAUGUGCAGUACUGUCCAUGUGUCCAACCCUGUAUUACAGUUAUCACACACCUGUAUAUAAGGGACAUUUUUCCUCUACUGUGAAAGAUAUAUAUAUAAAGAUAUAUAUAUAUAUAGUUAAAUAUGUAUACACUCAUGUAUAGUGUCCAAAUAUUAACAAAAAUAUUUAUACAUUUUGUAAAAAAAAAAAAAAAGGAGUGAACAGAAAAAGAGAGAACAAAAAUGUGUUUAAAAUGACAAAGUGCAGUUAAUUGUGAAAUAAUUAUUUAUUAAGAAACUGCCGAGGACACUGCUAUGGCUCCGAGUUUCAAAAA